CAACCGUUUACCGCUAGAGACCGCUGGAUUAAAAACGGCCAAGAUGGCGGGUUUCCCAUCGCCGACUCAGAUAGCUGGGAGUCAUGCACCCCUAUAUGAAGCACUGUAUCAACAGGUUGACCCUGCAGGUACAGGUUGUGUUAGUGCUAUGGAAGCUGCUGCAUUUUUGAAAAGAUCUGGUUUAUCUGAUGCUAUUUUGAGCAAGAUUUGGGAUUUAUCUGAUCCUAAUGGAAACGGCUUUUUGGAUAAAAGAGGAUUUUUUGUUGCUCUUAAACUUAUUGCUCUUGCACAAAGUGGAAAAGAUAUAAUAAUGGCAAAUAUAUCUGUUCAGAUAGCAGCACCUCAGAUGGGAGACUUAUCCAGAAGGGCAUCAGCUAUUAUUGAUUGGUCUAUUAAGCCAACUGAACAAAAAAAAUAUGAAGAAAUGUUCAAUUCAUUGGGCCCUGUAGGAGACCGAUUGCCAGGAACUAAAGUUAAACCUGUCAUGUUGAAUUCUAAACUUCCAUUAGAAACUCUUGGAAAAAUUUGGGAUCUUAGUGACAUUGAUCAAGAUGGUUUCCUUGAUAAAGAUGAAUUUAUUCUGGCUAUGCAUUUAGUAUAUAAAGCCUUGGAAAAUGUGCCUGUUCCUUCUAUAUUACCUCCUGAAUUAUAUCCUACUGCAAAACGAAAGAAAUCAUUAGUAGGAGGAGUUCCAGUUUUACCUGAUCUCUUACCAGGAGUGGAUGGGACCAUUACUGGAACAAAUAGGCGAUCUAGUACUCCAGGUGUUGAUGUAGCUAUUAAAAAUGUAAGUUUAUGUCCCAGUGUAGCUAAAUUAGUGAAAUCAGCAUUGACCCUCUCUUAUGGCAAUGCUGAUGUGGAACGGGGAUUUUCAAUUUCACGCGGCGUACUUCCUCCUGAUAGAGCAUCACUGCCAGAAAGAGUGCUUAAACCAGAAAAAAAUAGGAAUUUAUGUGAUGUAAAGCAGAAUGGUAAAUUGAAUACAGAACAGUUUGCUUUAGCAAUGUAUUUAGUUAAUAAAAAGUUACAAGGUGGAGAAAUUCCUACUAGCCUUACAUCAGAUAUGAUUCCUCCAACUCUUAGACCAAAACCUGGUUCUGAUGCAAUACAUGAUAAUGGUUCAAUACAAGAAGUAUCUGAUAGUUCUGGAAAUAAAGAAAUAGAUAUUAUUAAUAAUGAGAUAAAAGAAUUGCAAAAAGAGAAAAUGACAUUGGAGCAAGAUAUAGCUCAAAAAGAAGCUGAUCUUAAAAUAAAAAAUGGAGAAUUAAAAAAUUUACAGAAUGAAAAAGAUGCUUUAACAGCUAUGCUAAGACAGCUUGAAAUACAAAAAGGAGAGGCACAGAAACGUUUAGAUGAUUUAGAUAAUCAGAAAAGUUCCUUAGAAAAAAGUUUAUCUGAAAUGAAAGAAAGAAUAGAAGAAGAAAUGAGACAGGUAGAAAAUAUGAAAAAACAAUUAGAAGAACAACAAAGCACUUUAGAGAAUCAAGAAUCAGAAUUAAAUACCAAAAGACAAGAAUUAACAGAAUUGAGACAAGAGGAAACAAAACUUGAACAACAGAUUAAUAGUAGUAGAACUAGUUUAGAUAAUUAUUCAAAAUCCUUACAGGACACACAAUUACAAAUAAAUCAGACAAGAUUAAAAAUUUCACAACUUCAAGAACAGCAUCAGCAAAUGACAGAUGCACUUCAACUUUAUGACACUGCUAUUAAAAGUGGAGAUUUUAGUAAUGUCAAUGAUUCAUUGGCAGUGAUAUGCACAAUAACACCUCCAUUAUCAGAACCUGAAUAUCAAAGACUUUCUAACACAGCAGGUAGUAGUCCUGUUAGUAGUGUUGGAGCAUUUAGUGUGACGGAAGGAAUUGAUGAAUUUAAAGUAACUGAAGAUGAUCCAUUUAAAAGUAAAGAUCCAUUUAGUGGAGUUAAUGGUUUUACAACUGACCCAUUUGGUGGAGAAGAUCCAUUUAAAUCAGAUCCAUUCAAAGGUGAUGAUGAUGCUUCAGCAGAGGCAGCUGAUCCAUUUGGUGCUGAUCCUUUUAAAGAUGCUUUUAGCAGUACAGCAGAUACAGAAAUUAAGGUAUAUGAGGAAAACAGUAAAUGUACAAGUGCAGGGGCCAAUUUGAUCCAAUUGGCCUUUGGUCUUGCCUGGACAAGAUUAAAAAUUUCACAACUUCAAGAACAGCAUCAGCAAAUGACAGAUGCACUUCAACUUUAUGACACUGCUAUUAAAAGUGGAGAUUUUAGUAAUGUCAAUGAUUCAUUGGCAGUGAUAUGCACAAUAACACCUCCAUUAUCAGAACCUGAAUAUCAAAGACUUUCUAACACAGCAGGUAGUAGUCCUGUUAGUAGUGUUGGAGCAUUUAGUGUGACGGAAGGAAUUGAUGAAUUUAAAGUAACUGAAGAUGAUCCAUUUAAAAGUAAAGAUCCAUUUAGUGGAGUUAAUGGUUUUACAACUGACCCAUUUGGUGGAGAAGAUCCAUUUAAAUCAGAUCCAUUCAAAGGUGAUGAUGAUGCUUCAGCAGAGGCAGCUGAUCCAUUUGGUGCUGAUCCUUUUAAAGAUGCUUUUAGCAGUACAGCAGAUACAGAAAUUAAGGAUGAUCCAUUUAAAGGAUCUGAUCCAUUCAGUAAUUUUUCUAUAGGUUCUGGAGUUAAUAGUACCAAAGAUCCAUUUGAUCCAUUUGGAGAUUCAUCUGAUUCCAAAGUAACAAAUUCACAAAAGUUGACAGAUGGUGCAGAUCCCUUUGGUGCAGAUCCGUUUAGCCCCGCUCCUGUUGCUCCGCCUCGCCCUGAAAGCCCGACUCCCGCACUUCCUCCCAAGAAGGGCAAGGCCCCUCCUCCCAGGCCCGCACCUCCAAAGCACGCAUCAGGAAAUGUGAAGACGGGGCCCACAAGAGCGGCUCCCGCACCUCCUCCCCCACCCUCUCAUGAUCCUUUUAUGAAUACAACUUCCACUACAGCUCUUUCUACAUUUGGUUUGGGAAAUAAGUCUGUUCAAGCUUCUCAGGAAUCAGCAUCUUUUCAGGAUCCAUUUAGUUCUUUGGGAGAAUCGAACACCUCUGCAAUUCAGUCAGGCGUGCAAGAUCCCUUUGAUCCUUUUGGCCUCAAGUCGGAACAGGAUCCAUUUGCCAGCUCCGACGGGACUAGUGCCACCGAAUCUUUUGCCAACUUUGCAGACUUUGAGAAGUUUGUUAGUCAGUCUCCUGUCGCAGACGAUCCGCCACCUCGUCCGAUGUCGGAGGAAGAGCAGUUUGCGUGGGCGGCUGAAGAGAGUAUCCGACUUGAGAGGAAUCGGCAGCGCAGGGCCGCUGAGAAAGAACAGGCUGACCUUGAACUGGCGUUAGCUUUGAGUCGUGCAGAAAUCCAAACCAAAUAAAAUGGAAUCUAAAUAUAUAAUAAUACUUACUUAUACCAAUUUGGUUAAUUUUGUUUUUACGUUGACUUUUCAUUUUUCCUAUUUAAGACAGGAAUAUAGUCACGUUUAAAUAAGAAUUCAUUUAAGGAAUGUACAGAAAUAAUGUUCAUAUAAAUGUAAAUUCAAGAAUUAGUGCCAGUAUUCCAUGAUAUAUAUAUUUUAAAUAUUCUUGUAACCGAAAGUGCCACAUUUAUUGUAUCUAUAUAUAUAAAAAGACUUGUAAUGAAGCUCAACUGACAUUUAUUACAUCUUUGUUCUGUUAUUAUAUAUUUGUCAUUUUUAUAAAUAUUUGUAUAUUUUAAAACUAAAUUCCUGUAUCACUGUGUGGAAAAGACAAUUUGUAUUUUAUUUUGCAAAUCCUGUUGUGAGAAAUGUUGAAAGAUUAAUAAAAAG